CGGAGUUGAUCGAAUGUAGCUAAUCCUAGAAGAUAGGGUCUGUUACAAACGCCGAGGUAGGAAAAAGGAGAGAAAGGAAUGACGGAGUUUAUAGAGCAGGACAAAACUGAUAUUUUACCUGUAUUGUUCAUAACGGAAUGAAGAAAGGACCAAGGCACACUAAAAUUAGAUUAAAACCUUAAAAACUGAGAUUUUUUAAGAACGGAUUUAACUCUUGGUUAGAAUUGAAAGAUUUCCAAUCGAGCAGGACUGGAAAAUAAACAUGGAUGUCGAAGUAACGAUCGCAGUUUUGUGGAAUUAAAUACAUUUUUCUCUUGUUUCUUGCUUUAAAACUGCACCCGCCGACUGAAGUUUGUUCAGAAACCAUCAAUUGAUGAAAGACAGACGUCAUCUUGAUUCAAGUUUACAUAUCGACAAUCAACUGCAAAGAUGAGUCGUCUCUGGAGGCGUGACGUGCCCCUGUCUGAACGACUAGGUGUUGGGGUUGGAGAGGAAUACCCCCUGGGUGGGGCCCCUGGUCCCCCUCCCACCAUGGACUCCCCGGGCCCCAACAUCUCCUGGUUCCCAGAGACCCCCCUGCUGACCCUGGACCAGCCCACCUUCCUGAUGACCCCCGCUGCCCAGGCUGUGUCGGGCUUCUUCGUCUGGACUGCCCUGCUCUUCACCUGUCACCAGAUCUACAUGCACCUGCGGUACUACAGUUCUCCUAAUGAGCAGAGACACAUCGUGCGGAUUCUCUUCAUCGUGCCCAUCUAUGCUUUUGACUCCUGGCUCAGCCUCCUCUUCUUCACUAACGAGGAGUACUACGUCUACUUUGACACCGUCCGGGACUGCUACGAAGCGUUUGUCAUCUAUAACUUCCUGAGCCUGUGUUAUGAGUACCUGGGAGGAGAGAGCGCCAUCAUGGCUGAGAUCAGAGGAAAACCUAUCGAGUCCAGUUGUAUGUACGGUACGUGCUGUCUCUGGGGAAGGAGUUACUCCAUUGGGUUCCUGCGGUUCUGUAAGCAGGCCACGCUACAGUUCUGUGUGAUCAAACCCCUCAUGGCCGUGGUCACAGUCAUCCUGCAGGCCUUUGGAAAGUACCGUGAUGGAGACUUCAAUGUGAACAGUGGGUACCUGUAUGUGUCCAUCGUCUACAACAUCUCAGUCAGCCUGUCUCUCUACGCCCUCUUCCUCUUCUAUUUCUCCACCCGGGACCUGCUCAGCCCCUACAGACCCUUGCUCAAAUUCUUCAUGGUCAAAUCUGUCAUCUUCCUCUCCUUCUGGCAGGGCAUGUUGCUGGCCAUCCUAGAGAAGUGUGGGGCCAUCCCCAAAAUCAACUCACCCGAGGUGUCAGUGGGAGAGGGAACGGUUGCCGCCGGUUACCAGAACUUCAUCGUCUGCAUCGAGAUGUUCUUUGCCUCCCUGGCCCUGCGUCAUGCCUUCACAUACAAGGUCUACAUGGACAAGAGGCUGGACUCUCUCUCUCAGGGUCGCUGUGCCCCCAUGAAGAGCAUCUCCAGCAGCCUGAAGGAGACGAUGAACCCUGGAGACAUGGUCCAGGAUGCUAUCCAUAACUUCUCCCCGGCCUACCAGCAGUACACCCAGCAGUCCACCCUGGAACAGGGUCACUCUGCCCCGCCUGUGUCCCGCACACAUAGCACCGUCAGCACCCGCGAUAAUGAGAAGACUCUGCUGCUCAGCUCGGACGAUGAGUUCUAAGUUAACACACAAACACACACCAAUCCCAGCCAAUCACCUCUUUACUGACUGUUGCGGUAAGGUACUACCCCCUUGUCUUCCUCAUGUAGUACAUGUCUUAUGGAGGAUUGGCAGGGGAUGUAAGGUGUGUUAGGGGUUGGUACGUCAAUACAGGACCAUGUGACUUAGCCUGGUCCAUUUUAAUAUGCUCUACUACACACAUACUAUUUGCACAAAUUCAGGACUAUACAGGAACUAUUGAUAGAACACACACUUAGUGGGAACAUGCUGAGGUACAUUUUGGUUGAAACCAUUGUCUAGAAUUAUUUUUUAAUAGAAUUUGAGGAUUUUCUGAGACAGAAUUGUAGACUUAUUAGAGAUUGUAUUUGUGGUUUGGAUAAAAUGGAUUGUAUGGUUAAAAAGUGUGUGUGCUUACUAGCUAACAUCCCCUGAAGAAGACAGCCCAUACCAGAUUGAUAUUAGAGUACUCUAGCAAUGGGUGGCAUUUGAUUUGGCCUAUUGGUUUUUAGUUUUAAGAUCAGGCCAUUCUCAGAUCUCUGUGGUGACCAUGUUUACAGUGGGUUUUAAAUGGACGGUGUGAGGGGGUGGUUUAGGGCAGAAGCAGCUCUGUGGACUGGAGAAUGGUGGUGUUGUCAUUGAUUCACUAGGGACAGGGGAUGGACAGGGGAUGUGAGGGGAGGGCAGGGAUAGUGGUUGGUUGGACAGCACUUGAUCAGAUUACAGAUGAAGAGAGACCUGCUCCAGUGUGUAGCAUACAGGCAGGGUGAGGGCAAUCGAGCCACGUGGUAGUCUGGAUUAUACUGUUGUAAUUGGGGCAUUAUUCGUAUGGUGAGGAUUAGGCCAGGCUCUAAUCCAGCGAGGCACAUUCUGCCACCCGACCUCUCCUGGCCUCUAAUGUAUGUUAGGAAAAACGCCUUUAGUGAUAUCUGUGCGAUCAGAGUACGUAGACACCGCAGGAAUAUAGGUAAACGAAAAAACAACAAAAGAUUCAGCUUUGUAAUGAAGUGUGGGUCAAUUUUAGAAUCACUUUUAGUGUCUUCUAGACGUUUCCAUUACACAGAAUUGGACGUUAAGUGCUUACAGAGAAAAGGUAUUGCGUUAUACAUAGUUUAGCUUUGAGGUUAUUGUAGUGAGUCAUACGGACAGGCUGCCAUUAUACAGUAAAGUCAUGUUGAGUCACUGCUGCUCCAUGCUCAGUCCUGCCACCAGAGAGCAGCAGGGAGUCUAUUAUAUUUGGUCAAUUUACAGACACACACACCCUUAUCUAUCAAACACAGACCGAUCAUGGUCACACAUUAUGCUUGUAGCCUACACAUUCUGUUUGCUAGAGAAAGGAAUGCUUUAUCUUAGUGGAGUGGAGUCCCAGCCUCAGUCUAUGCUGACCCCUCCCUCAACUUCUACUGUGUGUGAGAGAGCUAGGCCCUAUACAUGUAGGCAAGCCAUUGUCCAGAGAGGCUAUUAACUAUUCGGGGUGUCAAUAUUUCCCAUUAAAGUAUAGUCAGAAUGUCUGCUUUAUUUAUAUUGUUGAGGCCAGUAUGUACCGUGUUAUGGAACUACACUUAUUAUGGUUUGUCUACUGUAGCAUUCUGUUGAAUCCUUUGCCAUGUUGAAUAAAUUACGAGGGUUUGGCCUCAUCCCCAAACAUUUCCAGUUUCUGGUACAAAGAGAAAGUCACCACAAGACCAUUUCAUUCUCCAGUUCUUCUUUUUCUGAUAUCUUUCUUCUCUCUCUGCGCUCUCUUUAUCUAGGCCUAGGGUGUAUUUUGAGAUGUAUAAGACUAUUAUUGCUAGCCAUAAGAUGAUGUACAUACAGUUUGAAAUGAUAUACUGGAGAAAUAUUUAGUGAUGUUGAUGUAAUAAUGAUGUAAAACUCUGAUUUAAAAAGGCUUAGUUUUGUACUGUCGCUCCAUAACCCAUUUAAAUCUUUUAUUUUGAUGACUGCUUUCUCUUGUCUAGUUCUUUUGUAUUUUGUCAAAGCUGCUGAUAUGCUCCUAUUUUUAGUCUAAAUGAAAUUUGAACAAAAUAAAGAUAUUUAGAUUUGUCUUAAA